AUGGAUCGGCAAGAUCGGAAUUUAGGGUGGAGACCGGGCGAGAUGGAUAGGGGAUUCUUAGUGCAGUCUCUUAUACCUGUCGCCAGAGCCUCCGGAUCCCAGGGCGAAAUAUACUACCGGUCAAAUCUCGGCAUGAAGCGAGGUAGAAGCCCAUCGACAAUGAACGAUCGUCCUGAUAAACGACAGAAUUCGCAAAACCGUGUUCUUGAAAGAACGACUCUUAGCAAGGCUCAACGAGAAUAUGGACUUGCUUCUUCAAGGUCUGGAAAUUUGGGUCAAGAUCAGGAGAUGUCUCAUAGCCUUCCACGCCUCGGAGCAAGUCGAGAUAAGUAUAUUCCUUAUGGAAGGCAGAUCUUGAUGAAUGACUCCCUCUCGCACUCUCCAAAUGACACCAUCCCGAACCGCACGAAUCGUAACGCCUUUCAAAGCCAUGGUCGCGCAACCCGAGAUCGACAUGAGGCCCCCCAAUAUGCAAUGGAAACGGUUCCACGCGACGAGCCACGGACUUUUACUCGCAAUCAUGAUGUGGCUUCUGAAGCUUUUGGAGAUUAUCAGGAUGCUGGGAUCUAUGGCGGAGGGACACAUUUUCGUCGACGACAUGAGCCAAGGGGAUAUGAACAAGGUGGCCACGCCCGGGUGGAUGCAGAACAAUCAGGUCAACUACAAGUCGGCCAAGCCCAUGCAGUCAAAAUUGCAGGGCGCUACGCGACGACAUGUGGCAGUGUCCAGGAGCUACACCCACUCUAUAUUGAUCGCCGCCAUGUUUCAUACGGACCAUCUGGUUCAUCUCUGAGAGCUGAUGCCAUGGCCCCAAGAGGCAUCGCGAGGGCUCGGCUAGGUCGAAAUGAGGAUCCACGAACCAUAUCCAUGGCUCGUAGUGAAAUCCCGACUGCACACACUCCAAAGAUGGUACUUCGUUCGUCUCAUGGCUCUCCGUAUUCCACAGCUUCAUUAGGCCACGACUCUCAGGAAGGAAGAUCUCCGUCUGGAAACCAUAGCAUCUCUGUGGAGAGCUUGUUGAGACGUCAUAACCCCGCUCAGCUGCCAAAUUCUCGCACCUCUGAAGGGAGACAUUAUGAUGUUGCGAAAAUUCUGCCCAACCGAGCUAUUUCUUUCAAUAAUCGGCGGGCGUCACGACCACCAGCUCUCCAGGAAAAUGUAGAUCAGUUCCGGCCCAUUUCCCCAGACGCUGUCAGUCAUCCUUCAUCUCCGGAGAUCCCCAACCUGAACAGCCCACCUCCCGCCCCAAUACGUUCAAUACCAAUGAGAGAGCGUAUCUCCCCUAUAAAGAAGGCAGCAGCAAGGAAUCCAAAGAAGACAAUGACCGUAUCCAAGGAGUUAAUACAGGUCGACAAGAAACCAAGCACUGGAAAGCGAGCCGAAGAACCGAUACCCCCAGAGCUAGAGCGGCAGAUAAGAGCGGCACAGCUAAUUGUAAGGAAGGAGCAGGAAGCUACAGCUGCUGAGAUAUUUGGAGAGGAAGCUAAUAAAUCCAAGGAAGAGAGGCUUGAGAAAGAACGAACUGAGGAGAAGCGCCGCCGCCAAAUUGCGGAAGCGGAGCGCCUUGACAGGGAGGAGGCUCGUCGGAUGAAGGAGCAAAUGAAAGCACGACUUAGGGAGGAAGAAGCUGAGCAAGUAAGACUUGAAAAGCACAGACAAGAAGUACGUGGCAAGCUUCGCAGGAAAGGAGAGAGGAAAAAGCGAGAAGCUGCGGAGGUCAUUGCAACAGAGGAGCAUCGAAGAAAGGCAGAAGAGAAAAUCCAAGCGGAACGGCAAAAGCAAGCUGCCCAAGCUGAAGAACGCAGGAAGGAGAAACUGAAAGCCACAGAGCUACAGGCUGAAGCCUCAGAAGUCGCGAAACUGAAGGCCAAGCAAGAAGAAAUAAAGAAGCAAGUAGCUUCGUUGAUUGUGGGCAAUAAUAAGAUGAGUUCGGGCGAGGGAAGAAGCAGAGCUGAUGGAGAUCGCAAUACUUCUGUUAACCGUGCUGCUGAUGAUAUGUGGGAAGACUCUCUCUUUAUUUCACGCGACCCAUCCCCAAUCCAAGAUGAUUUGGAUACAGCUUCUUUUGAAGAAUGGGCACAGCCUAAACGCCAACCUCUUACUUUACCUGCCCUCAAGGACACCUACGAUAUCGACGGGCGGGGAACACGAGGCACGUCGCGAGCGCCCACAACUGCUGCAGAACUUUGGGCACUGGCUCCGUCCAAAGGAUUGGCCGGAGACUACAGGAAGGAAAGAGAAGCUCUAGAUGCUGAAAGGCUUGCAAAGGGGCUGGAGGCAGCACGGGCAAGAUUGGCUGCGAGACGAGAAAGAAGAAAAUCUACCCCACUUAGACAAUUGCGCCGCCGGCAACAGCCACUUAGACAGCAGCUGUCUUCAAUUGUGAGCCCUGAUUCCGUGGCAAGGAACUCAAAAACAACACAGCAAUCCAAGAACGAACAGGCACCGAAGAAGCCACCCCGAGGUAUAUCCAAUUCCAAUUCCGAAUUUGAGAUCGCAGCCUCCUCUGCAACAGACGAGACUCAAACGAACCUAGAUAAUAGUUCUGGUCAUAACGGCGCCAUACCAAGUGAUGCGGAUUAUACCGUACGCCUACAGUCGCCACCCAUCUCUAGCGAUGCAAAUGCGUUGGAACCCCCACACAAGAAGAUUGUGUCUCCAAUCCCCCGUCCGAACCUUCCCUCCCCAUUACCUCAAACUCCGAAACCUCCAGCUCCGAAGCCGCUAGCCCCGCCUAAAGUAUUUAAAUCGUCGGUCACUUUGAUCUCUGAUGCCGAUCGCCUGAGGGCCGAGAGUAACCAACGUCUAAAGGACGAGGAAAAUGCUAAGCAACAGCGAGCUAGAAUCGAGAAGCAAAAGGCCGAGCGUCGCAGAAGAGAGUCUGAAAAGGCCCGAGAGAGGAAGCGUCAGCAGCUACUCGAGGAUGCAAGGAAUAAUGACACCGAAUUAUCUGAGGAGGCAUUGAAUACAGAGGUCGAAGCUUACAUGGCCAAACGAGAGAAAGACAUUCAAAAAAGAGCCGAGAAUAGGGCUCUGAAAGAGAAGAUACAAGAUUUCGCUCCUGAUAACCUUCUCCUGGAAAGUUUAGCCCAAGCCCCCGACCCCCAGAGCGAGUCAUUUGAGCCUCAAGGGGUUCAUGGGGGGGCUAUCCUUGGCAGCCAGCAACUCAAUGCGAGAGAAGCGGCUGCCAGGGAUAGCCUCAGAUCGUUAGCUGUGGGGAGGGGUGGGCGACUGAACCCAGCUGCCAUUCAACGGAUUGUUGAUUAUAGCGACUCUGAUGAAUCCGAGGAGGAUCCCGAUGACCCCCUGCCUGAGGAAUAUACAUAUGAUGGCUUGCUAUCAGACGGGGACAAUGACAAUGGUCAAAACAAUGACGUAAUAGAAUCGUCGGAGCCUGAAUUUCCCGGAGACUCUGGUAAUGGUUUGAAAUCUCAGUCAAUACCGAAUCAAAAUUCUUCUACCACUUGUGCAAACCAAGCUACCUCUGUCAUUCGACUUUAUACGGCCAUGGAGACCGCCACUAUAGAUGGCAUCCAAGGAGAACCGGCCAUGAAGCAGACGUUCUCAGAUAUGGACGAAGCCAAUUUAUUUACUCGGGAUCUCGCAGAGAGGUAUCGGGCCCGCAAUCCGACGUUGUUCAGUGAACGUUUCGGGGAGGAUGGACUUUACCAAGGCGACAUAGACUUUGACAAUGAUGGAAAACACUCUGUUAUGCUGUAUGUUGCGGCAAGUCUCAAGUCUACCGCCGAUUUGGUAAAGUUCGACGACUCAGUGAUGGGUAGAAGACUCCCAGAUAGAACCUGGCUUGUAUCCAGAAAAGUUGAAUCCCGUGCCGAUGGUGAGGGUGGUAGUAGUUCGAAGAUUCUAACCAAAAAGAAGAUCCUGUCAGCUUUCUCCGACCUCAUAUUAGCCAAUAAUGAAGCAUAUACGAAAUGCUUCGAGUUCCUACGACCCACAAGGCCAGCCAUUGACCAUGUGGAACAGCAUGAGAAUAGCUGGGGUCCGAUAUUACGUCAGGAGAGAGACAAGUCAAAUCUCGCAAAGCUGCCUGUGAGUUUUGACCUGGAGCCCGAUAAGGAUCAGUUGCAAUGGGUGCAAUACGGCAGGAUCAAAUUCAAGGUCAAGGAGUACAAGAUGAAUGGUCCGACAAAUUGA